AUGGAGGCCGUCACUCUCUUCGUCCCAGUCACCUCCGACAAGCCCUCGCUCGCCGAUCUCCUCACCAUCGAACCUUCGGCAUCCAUCUUCUACUCCUAUGCCCGGGAACUCGAGCUCAGCGCCAUUUUGGCGGACAAGGCUGCUCGUAACACCCUGCUCGUCCCCAUAAACAAGGCGGUGAUUGCGCUGCCUCACAAGCCACACGAGGACCCGAAGCCGCAGGAUGACACGGUGAUCCUCACCGAGGCCGAGUUUGAUAAUAUGUCGAAGAAGAACGUCGAGCGGUGGAUUUCGGCGCACAUUAUCCCGCGUUCUCCAAUUGACUUCGCCUCGUCUGAUCCGACUACUUUCGCAACACUUCUUGCGGACAAGAAUGUCACCUUCACCCACGUUGCCGAUCGCAUACACGCAGACGUCCCCGGGUGGGCGCGUGUUAUCCUGGAUGGCUCCGUACGGCUCAUUGGCAAGAAAGAGGCGUCCAACGGUGUCAUGUACAUGCUCGAUGGAACCGUCAAGGUCGAUUAG